AUGGCCGAAGUUUCAGGUAGCCAAGUCGCUCCCAUAUCUCCUGAUGCCAAUGAAGCACAAAGGGUUACGGCGAACUCUCUCGUCCAAGAAUACCUCCUGGAGCACUUCCCAUUCUACCGCGAGCUUCACGAGCUCCGGGAACAGGCAAGUACCUAUGCCCUCGACUCCUCCUCUAGUAUUCCAUCCCGGACUGACAACAAUACCCAGGGCUGGAAAAGCGAUGCAGGGGAUGCCUUCUUCAAAAAGCAACGCCAGCGCGCCGACAAGGCCAGUGCCAAAGAUAAGGCCGGCUUUUACAAUAUGAUGCGCCUAAUUGGGUUUGAGCUCGACAAGGAAACGAGGGCUCUCACCAUUCAGGGUCGUAGCAACUCCCGCCCGGCCAUCCUCGAUCUCUGUAUGGCUCCGGGCGGUUUCUCCUCGGCCGCCCUCCGCUGCAACCCGUCCGCGCUGCUCCGCGGCAUCUCACUCCCGCCCUCGCAGGGAGGCCACGAGAUGCUCCUCGGCGAGUCCUGGUCCGAGACAGACCCUGAGGCCGAUAUUUACAUCUCCUUCCGCGACAUCACUCUCCUGGCCGAGGAGAUGGGUACUCCCCUAUCCAGCAUCCCAGCGGAACACGCCGACGCCGCAUCUUUCUCGUCCGACCGGCCAUUCCUCGAGCAACAAUUCGACCUCGUCUUUUGUGACGGCCAGGUCCUUCGUAUGCAUGAGCGGUCGGAUUACCGCGAAAACUUCGAGGCCUCACGCCUUUUGACAUCCCAACUCGUCCUUGCCCUCCAGCGCAUUCGCUCAGGCGGCACAAUGGUUAUCCUGCUCCACAAAGCCAAUGGUUGGCAAUCUGUGUUCCUGAUGUACACAUUCGCCGCUUUCACCGACCACAUAAGGCUGUUCAAGCCACUGAAGGCACAUAAAACACGUUCAUCGUUUUACUUGGUUGCGAAGGGCGUGCACCCGGAGUGUGAGGCCGCGUUGGGGGCAGUGCGGCAAUGGAAGGCAAAAUGGAGGAUGUCUACUUUUGGGCUGGGUGAUGGUGACGACGAUGAGCCGGAUGAGGCGAAACUAGAGGUAUUGGAGAGCGGAGGGGAGGAGAAAGUCAAGGCUGUGUUACAGGAGUUUGGACCUGCCUUAGUGAAAAUGGUAGAACCUGUUUUUAGAGUACAGGCGGAGGCGUUGAAGAAAGCAACUUGGAUGAAGAAGAAGAAGACUUAA